CUGAAACUCAAUUUGUUGUCAGCAACAACAGGUAGUUGCUAGUAUUCGAGUCAGUCAACUGCCCAACUAGAGGCUAACUGCCCGCCUAUCUACCCAAUGAAAAAGAUAUAGCUACUAUUACAGUAAGCUUAUCGGCUUAUUAUUUAAUGCAUUGUGGUCGUUACUGAACAUCCAGGAAGAUGAGCACUGCGUUGUCGGACCCCAGCCUUGAAAGGAAUUUCAAAGGCCACAAGGACAGUGUGACAUGUGUGGACAUCAACUGUAACAUGAAACAAAUUGCCACGGGCUCCAAGGACUCGUGUGUGAUGAUCUGGAACAUGAAGCCUCAGAUGAGGUCGUAUCGCCUGGCAGGGCACAAAGACGCCGUCACCUGCGUCCACUUCUCUCCCUCGGGUCACCUGGUGGCCUCUGCCUCCAGAGACAAGACUGUACGGCUCUGGGUUCCCAGUCUGAAGGCUGAAUCCACGUCGUUCCGCGCUCACAUAGGCACCGUGCGAAGCGUCAACUUCUCGGCCGACGGACAGUCGCUGGUCACAGCGUCCGACGACAAGACCAUCAAAGUUUGGACGGUGCACAGACAGAAGUUCCUCUUCUCCCUCAGUCAGCACAUCAACUGGGUCCGCUGUGCCAAGUUUUCUCCAGACGGCCGCUUGAUUGUGUCGUCAAGCGACGAUAAAACCGUGAAGCUGUGGGACAGGAACAGCAGGGAGUGUGUCCACUCUUUCUACGAGCACGCAGGCUAUGCAAACCACGUGGAGUUCCACCCCAGUGGGACAUGUAUCGCAGCCGCCAGCACGGACAAUUCGGUCAAGGUGUGGGACAUACGCACCCACAAGAUGCUGCAGCACUAUCCAGUUCACAGUGGUGCUGUGAACAGCCUGUCUUUCCAUCCAUCUGGAAACUUCUUGAUCACGGCUGCCAAUGAUUCCACUUUGAAGAUAAUGGACCUUUUAGAGGGAAAACUCCUCUAUACCCUCCAUGGACAUCAGGGCCCUGCCUCUUGCGUGGUGUUUUCCCGGACCGGAGAGUACUUUGCCUCUGGCGGUAACGACGACCAGGUGAUGGUCUGGAAGAGUAACUUUGACUGUACCACGUGUGAGGACGUCAGGUUCCAGCACAAUACCGCACCCGGCCAGCAGGGCAUCUCGGCCAACUCAACGGCCCAUGUCCCCCACCCCUCACGGGCCCCGAAGCCCCGCAGUCAGACAUGCAAUGUGGCAGAGGUCAGCAAUACGACCGACUGGCACACCGUCUCCCACCCUCACAACCCCGGUCCUAGCAGCCACAACAAGACCGCCCACUCCCAGUCCAUUAGAGCCCCCAGCACCCAUCAGCCCCCGCCCCAGGCCCAGGCCAGCAGCCCCCAGCACCAAGCCCAGACCCAGACCUCUGAUGGUGGGGUCUCUUCAGCCCUGUCAAGCACUCUGGAACGCAUUGUGAACCAACUGGACAUUCUCACUCAGACGGUGUCCAUCCUGGAGCAGAGGCUGACCCUGACGGAGGACAAGCUGAAGGAGUGCCUGGAGAACCAGGUGGACAUUGUCCAGCAGCAGCAGCAGCUCCACAGCCAGGGGUAGUC